GAGGGUCAGUGCUAUUAGAGAUCCUUGAGACGUCCCUACCCUAAACCCUAACCAUAAUCGUUAUCUAGCCCUAACCUUGAACCUUACCUUAACCAUUUUAAUUAUGAACUUCAAUGGGGGUAGGGACUACCAAGGACUCUGGAUUGCACGGAAUAAUUAUUGAAUCGCUCUGUAGAAUCUCGAUAAAAAGCGCACUCGCUUCCCGCUCGUGACAGUAGCUUUCGCGCCCCAAAUCUACUCCCGUUUUCCUUCUAGGUUCGCGCUCCAGAGACUUCUUAUCAGUAAUUUGCGUAAGCACAGUGUGGUUUCUGCUUUUUGUGUUGUAUUUACGCUUUGAGCGCAGGCGGAAACAUUUACAAUUGACGUACGUACGCGCAUAGUCACUUGCAUGCUGCAGUUCCGUGCUGGCGCAGCGCGUCCUUCCGCUUAUGCUCGUCCUCAGGCCAACAACACACAAAGUGUAUUAUUCCCUUUUGACUGCUUGACAUAUAUCGGAGACGUUCUCAAGGGGACGACAUAUUGUACUACAGAAUAUCAAUUCAAGAUGUCAGAGACCGUGAAGUACAUGGAUGAUGAACACAAGACCAUCUUCCUGAAGAUACUGAAUGAGCAACGGUUGGAGGGUGAACACUGUGACAUCGCGGUGGUGGUUGAAGAUGUGAAGUUCAGGGCGCACCGCUGUGUGCUGGCAGCGUGUAGCAACUACUUCAAAAAGCUGUUCAAGAAGCAUGAAGUCGACAACUCCUCAGUCAUAGAAAUCGACUUCAUCCGCUCAGACAUCUUCGAGGAGGUGUUGAACUACAUGUACACGGCCAAGAUUUCUGUGAAGAUAAAGGAUGUGAAUUUGAUGAUUUCUUCAGGCCAAAUACUCGGAAUCCGUUUUCUGGACAAACUCUGUUCACAGAAGCGUGACAUGUCCACUGAAGAAAGGAACGGCCAAAAUGACAAACCCUUUCCAUGUGAUAUUCUCAAAAUGGCUCUCCCUACUGAUGACCCUACAUUGGGCCAGGAUAACGACUUGCAGGUGCUAGGUGACCAUGACGACACUCCUACUGACGACCUUGUGGAAGAGCCAAUGACCAAUCACGACUUGGACAAAUCGCCCAACACGGCGUUGAGAGUGACGGAGGCCAUUCUCAAAGAAUGGCCUCCUGCCAAUGAGGACGUGCACAAGGUGAGCUGUUACGACCAGGACGUGGAACCCAUGGAUACGGAGCAAAAAGACCUGGCGGGUCACACCACAACGACCUUAGCGUUCGCUGACAGCAUCGGCGAGGUGAAGGACGAGCAGCCCCCCGGUUGGACCACAGCCACGACGGACAUGAAGUUCGAGUACCUCCUCUACGGCCAACGGGAACAGCUCGCCUGCCAGAUCUGUGGAAAGACCUUCAUCGACGAGAACCGUUUGAGGAAACACGAAAAGCUGCACUCGGCCGAACGUCCGUUCAUCUGUGAAAUCUGCAGCAAAGCCUUCACUACCCAGGCUCACCUGAAGGAGCAUCUGAAGAUCCACACAGGCUUCAAGCCCUACCGCUGCGACGUGUGUGGCAAGUCCUUCAUCCGAGCGCCUGACCUCAAGAAGCACGAGCGGGUCCACAGCAACGAGCGUCCCUUCGGCUGCCAGAUGUGCGACAAGGCCUUCAAGCACAAGUCCCACCUGAAGGACCACGAGAGGCGCCACAGGGGCGAGAAGCCUUUCGUCUGCAGCUCGUGCACCAAGGCCUUUGCUAAAGCCUCAGACCUAAAGAGACAUGAAAACAACAUGCACAGCGAGAGGAAGCAGAUGCCGCCCAGCGCCCUGCAGACCGAAACUGAACAGCUGCAGGCAGCAGCCAUGGCCGCCGAGGCCGAGCAACAACUGGACUCCAUAGCGUGCUCAUAGCACACAACGUUUUGUCACAUUACCUUACUGGUCAUGGACAUCUUGAGAACAAUCUGAGUUUUUUUGAUGAUGUUUCAUUUUGUAUUUUCUUUUUGGGAGGCCGACAAACUCCAAUAAUCAGAUAGAUUUGAUGUUGAUAAUUUUUCUCGAGAACAUAGUGAAAUAAGAUAGGAUUUGACUGCAUUCAUUUAUUUUUUGAUUUAUUUCACGUGAUUUAGGCUUUCUCGCACUUGAUUAUAUUGUAAUGGUUAACUAAUUUUUGGGGGGUAUUAAUUAAAAUAUGUUUGUGUAAAUGUUAUGGCAGCGUUAUGGAUAUAAAUGCUACGACUACUGCCUCUACUCGGUUUUGGUUGUCAAUAUAUUACUGCUGUUAUACAGUACUGGUUUUAUCAAGAAAAACUGGAAAUUAAAUGUUUGAUUUGUAAAAAUGUACGGAAAAAAUUGUUAUAAACCACAACAUUUUUGAUGGUUAACUAUUCCACAGCAUCACAUACACAAGUCUUACUGUAAUUGACAUCGAAACAUGUGUUGCUUUAAUAAACAUGGUAGCCUCAACUGCCAACAAAUCAUCAA